AAAAAACUGUAAUCACAAUCCAUUAUUUAUCCAAAUACUUCACAAACCGCCAACUGAACUGCAACUAUAUAAGUGGGACAAACUUGAUUGUUCUACAAUCCAACUCUGCUGUGACAUGGACAAUCACCGGCCCACUGUCGGCUUCUCCUGCCUUCCAUCAGAGCUUCUUCAGAGCAUUUUCCUCCGCCUCGCUCUGCCGGAUAUCGUCCGUCUUAGAUCAAUCAACAAGUCCAUUGCCUCCAUUGUAUCUGACAAAGACUUUGUUCGUGACUGCAACACUCAGUUCUUAUCCGCCAAUUGGCUUUUCAUUUACAGCAAGGGAUGGCGUCGUGACUCGGUUCUUCACGGCUUCACCGAUCAGUCUGAUCACUGGUUCAAGAUUCCGAUUGCCGGAUUAUUGAUGCCGGUGAUUCAUGCAACUGAAGAUCUCUAUUUUCUGGCUGCAUCGGGGAAUUUUUUCUUGUUUGUGUCCAACACUCGCAAGGAACUCCUUUCGGUAAACCUUAUGAAAAGGACCGUUAAGAAAAUCCCUCCAAGCCCAUUGGGCCCACGUGGUACUUCUUCGUGGCGGCGGUCCGGCAUGAAAUUAGUGGCUGGGCCGCCUGGUUCGGACUCUUUCCGGUUUUUAUUUGCUGAGUUGGUGGAGAACCGUCCGAUCAUGUUCGAAUACAACUCGGAUGAUGACAAGUGGCAAAGCAUGGAAGCAGAAGAAAACCAUGGGGAUUUGCCGCGUGUCUUUGAAGGAGCGGGUCCCUUGAUUUUCUUAAGCGUGGUUAAUGGAACGAAUGAAAGCGUGGUGCUAGCCAUCGGAUCCCAAGGCAACAACACACCAGUGGUUCUAAGGCCAAGGUUUAGUGGAGGAGCAAUUGAGCAGCGGCAAGUGGCCGUUGGAUUUAGUUGGGGGAAUGGGAUCAAUCGGUUACAAGUGUACGGUGAUGGAUACAUGAUGAUUGUCAGAUCAGAUGACGUGGAUGAUGGUAAUACAAAGGAGAGGGUGUUGAAGGAGAUAGAAAUGUGGGGGUUGAGCCCGAAUGGAAGACGGUGGGAGCGUAUUUCAAAGCUCCCAGGGGCUACAAUGGAGCAAAUAAAGAGAGCGUAUGGAGUGAUAAUGGGGUGUGUAGAGGAAAGGAACGGGACAAUCAGGGCCCUACUGAUGUCUAAUUACCGAGGCUUAUGGCACAUAAUUUGGCUAUCUUAUGAUAUAGGAAGGGAUGAUUGGACGUUGCUCCCCCUCCCUGAUUUCGAUAUGAAGGGUUUGAACAUGGCCGGAAUCACCUUCUCCUCUGGGCUCACCUUGGUCUGACUCUGAUUAAUUGGCAUCUCUACAACUUGACUCUGAAUGUUUCAUUCUCCCUUAAAAGUGUGGGCUGAAAAGGUCGUAUGGGUUUGACUUUAGCCCAACACAUUAGGAAUAUGGGCUUACACAGGGGACAUGAGGGUGGUUUUAUUCCACAAUGCAUAGGCCCAUAACUAAGGGAGGAAAACGUGAGGAAGGUGCCUUGUUCAAAUUCAUAAAACGUGGACGCUUCUAACUCAAGUGUUAUAAAAGGUGAUAUGGUAUUUCACUGAAUUUUGUUUAUUAUGGUAAGAGUAAUAAUAUUUUCUGUCAUCUCGAUUUGUAUUUUGUGAUGAUUAA